UCUAUAUUUAUAGUUCAUUAUUCAAUAAAACAAUAUAAAUGAUUAAAUAAUAAUUAAAUAAUAAUAAUAAUAAAUGAUUAAAUAAUAUAAAUGAAUUUUGAAUAUUUUUAUAAAUAUUUAUUUAAUACAUUAUCAAUUUACUUUAUCAUUCAAUAUUAAUUAUUUAAAAGUAAUACAGUGAAAUUAUUUUUCAUUAUAUUAAUUAAAUUCUUUCAAGUAUAAUUAAAUCUUAUUAAAAAAAUAAAAUAUAAAUAUAUUUAUAAAUAACAUAAAUAAAGAAAAUAUUUUUAAAUUAAUCAUGUUUAAAAUUAUCAGUGUAAAUAAUAUAUAUUAUUUUUCUAUGAAAAAGAUAAGAUUAUUUAGUAAUUUUGUAAAAAUAGUAGAAGUCGGACCUCGAGAUGGAUUACAAAAUGAAAAAAAUAUUGUUCCAACUGAAAUUAAAGUUGAAUUUAUUAAUAAACUAUCAGAAAGUGGAUUAAAGAAUAUAGAAGUUACUAGUUUUGUGUCUCCAAAAUGGAUUCCACAAAUAGCAGAUAAUGCAGAAGUAUUCCAAAAAAUUAACAAGAAAAUGGAUAUUUCUUAUCCAGUAUUGAUACCAAAUAUAAAAGGUUUAAAAAAUGCUUUAAAAGUAGGUGUAAAAGAAAUAGCUAUCUUUGGAGCUGCAUCUGAAACUUUUUCAAGGAAGAAUACCAACUGUUCCAUUAAUGAUAGUAUGAAAAAUGCUAAAAUAAUUAUUGAAGAUGCAUUAAAACAUGAUAUUAAAGUCAGAGGUUAUAUAUCAUGUAUUGUUAAUUGUCCUUAUGAAGGUAAAAUUAAACCAAGAAUUGUAGCCAAUUUAACUGAAUUCAUGUUACAAUGUGGAUGCUGUGAAAUUUCUUUGGGAGAUACUAUUGGAGUAGGUUCACCUAAUAAAAUAAAAAGUUUAUUACAUGAAUUGAAACAUGUAUCAAGUGAUAUGAAUAAAUUUGCAAUUCAUUGUCAUGAUACAUAUGGGCAAGCUUUAGUUAAUAUUUAUGCUAGCCUUGAAUGUGGUAUAAGAACUUUUGAUUCAUCUGUUGCUGGUCUAGGAGGUUGUCCGUAUGCACUUGGAGCUUCUGGAAAUGUUGCUACAGAAGAUUUACUUUAUUUGUUACAUGAGCAAGGUUUGAAAACUGGAGUCAAUCUCAAUGAAAUAGUGAAAAUAGGAGAAUUUAUUAGUACUCAGCUUCAAAGAAAAAAUCAAUCUAAAACAGGUACUGCAAUUCUUGCAAAAAAAUAUUUAAAAAAUGAUUUAUAAUUAUAUUUUUAUAAAUACAUUAAAAAACACAAAUGAUAUAACAAGAAAAUAUGAAUUUAUGAAAAACAGUUUAGAUUAUAAUGUAAAGAUUCUAUUUUAUACUUAUUAAAUUUUAAUUAUUUUUUAAAAACUUGCAUAUACAAUCCAUAAGAAUAUUAUAUAUGUAAUAUUAUGUAUAAUCAAACUCAUUAUGAUGUAUUAUUUUCGCAAGUACUUAUAUGUUUUUUCUGCGAUAUUAAGAAUAUACAUAUAAAGCCAACUUUAUUAAAAAAAAUAUAUUAUAAUACAACAUGACAACAAAAUGACAAACAAGAUAUAAUUCGCAUUGUAUGUAGAAUCUGUGUUACGAACGAAAUUUAACGGAACAUAUAACGAUUAUACCAAGUAAGGUAGCUGCUAAUGGUUGAGCUGGUGCUGUUUUAUCUUGUAUCUUUCUAUGAUGCAUCGGUACUCGAUGAAGUUGUACUCUAAAUGCUAAGUUUGCAUCAUGCAUCAAACUAUUUGCAUAUUGAUCCUCUGCAAUACAACUUAAUAUGAGGAAACACAAUUUAACAUUAUUCAUUAUUGCUUCUGUUCUGAUUACUUGCAUAACUAUUGAACUGAAAUAAAAUUAAAAUUCUUUAAAAUAAAAAACACAAUACUAAAAAAGACGCGUAUCUUUAUAACAUAGAAUAUUUUGUUUCUCACCAAUAUUGUAAAAAUGUAACCAAUAAAUUAAAUGGCUGAGCCAUUACAUCAGGUAAUUGUGCUUCAGGAGCUACUGCAUUUGGUCCUAAUGUAUAAUAUUAUUUGAAGAAGGUGGAGCACUUGUAUUACUUUGUGUAUAUGCCAAAGUAGUUACAAAAUUACGAUUUAAAUGCGUUGCUUCAUAAAGUGCUAAUAACAAUGCAUUAUUUGCACGAACUUAUUGCGUUUUUGCUUCUUCUUCUCCAACAAACAUACUUCCAACUAUACUAGUUAAGGAAGAUAACCAAGAUGCUUAUAUUUCUGUAUAUUAAAAUUAUAUUUUUAUUAUUAUAUUUAUAAUAACUUAAACAACUUAAAAAUAUAAAUAUGAAUAUGAAUAUAAAAACUAUA